GUAUAAAAACAAAUUCGUCUUUGCUUUUGUCUUUGCUUGGCUUUUUAUCAAUACGGUCUCUGCUAUUGAUGUUAAUGUCGUUGUAACCCAUAAAGACAAGGCUGCUACUCAAGAUGCUUUUACGAUCGAGAUUGCCAAAGAUAAAAAUUUUAAUUUUUUGAAAGAAAAGGUCCAAGAAAUGUCAUCUUCUCUUAAAAAUCUCAUGCACGACCAGAUUACCUUUUAUAAGGUAGAAGAAAGGAUGAACAACGAGGAAUUGGUUACAAAAUUCAACGAAAACAAACUGAUAGAUACUAAGGAAAUAACGAAUCCAUUAGAUCUAGUAUUUAAUUAUUUGAAUUCAGAUGUUAGGAAGGGAAACAUUCAUUUUGUAAUAUACUUGAAUAGGAAAAGGGAUGAAUUGUAA